GAGGUAUUACUAGCCUUUGGAAUAAGUUUUUUAGUGGAGAGGAGAGCAUGCUUAUAAAAUGUUGCCGCUUUUCUUUAUGAUGAACGGAAUUUCAUUGAAGCGUCGUUCAUAUAAAAGUGGGAAAGCAAUUCGAAACAAACUCUACGAGGAUAAUAAUUGUAAAUUGGACCGCACAGUUCAGCGCUGCAGGACUUGUCUCGGGACUACAAACUUACAGAACAUAUUCUCCGGUAAAGGACUUGAGCUGAAACGAUCCAACGAGUUUUACACAAUAUGCGGCCUAGACGUAAAACCAGAUGAUGGGUUGCCACAAAAGAUCUGUAAUCAGUGCUCACAGGCCCUAGAACAGGCCAUUAAAUUUAGAAAAACUAGCAGAAAAUCAGAGAAGUUAUUAGUUAAUGGACAUAGAAGAAAAGAAUUUUUUUUUGAUAAAGUAAAAAAGCCUAAAACAGAAAAAGUAGAAAUUGAACUGGAACCUUCCUAUGAUGAUUACCACGAUGCCCUUGAAGGCGAGUUCUAUGAUCGCAGGGACGAGGAAGAAAUGGCACAAAACGAGCCAGAGGUUCGGAGGAAGCCAGAGAAAGGCAAGGUGUCACAGUACCAAUGCAACAAGUGCAAUAAAGAUUUUAAGAUGAAGGCAACAUACAAGGCCCACAUGCGCUACCACACCAACUACUGCGUGUGUGAGGCCUGCGGAAAACGAUGCAGAAACCACUAUCAACUGCAGGAGCACAAACGGGCAAAACAUGAUCUGGGCAAAAUACACAAGUGCACCUACUGCGAGUACAGCUCAGCAACUAAAGAAGCACUCACUAUCCACGAGCGGCGUCACACCGGCGAGCGGCCGUACGUGUGCGACCACUGCGGCGCCACCUUCCACCGCCGCUCCAACCUCGUGCAGCACAUCGCCAUACACAACCCCGACAACAACUUCCAGUGCGACAUGUGCCCGAAGCGGCUGAAGUCGCGCAAGUUCCUGCAGAUCCACAAGCAUAACGCGCACACCGGCCGCCGCUACGGCUACCUGUGCGGCGCCUGCGGACACCGCUUCGACAAACCCAACAAGGUGCGUGCACACGCCCGCCGCGUCCACGCGCUGCCCGACGAGCGCCAGCCGCCCGUCGUGCGCGUUCAGCUGUAGACCACGCCCCCCCGCGCCCCGCAUGCGCCCCACGCCCCGCCCGCCACGAGCACUGACCUACACGAUACAUCGCGACAUUACAUGCGGGGACAUAAUAUACAAUACCAGAUAUAAUUUUCCUACAUACGUCGGCCCAGCUUCUUGAAAAGAUUUGCAGAGACGUAAACAUGAAAUAACCAGAAUUAAUUAUGUACUGUGAAACUACAACUGCUGUAAAUAUUUUUUAUAUUUAUGUGUAAAUAACUAAUCUCGAUCAGUAAAAAAUAUUUUAGCUUAAAAUCUCAAAAACGAUAGGCGAAAUUGUAAAUUACGUCUAAGUGUUAUAAUCUUAUAUCUUUAAACGAGCAAUUUUUGUAUAUAUAU